AAUCCCAUAUACGUACUCUACCAACCUUCAUUUCUCAUGGCUCUCUUUGUAUCCCUACUCGUCAUAUUCUUGUUCCCUUCCAGAAAUUAUGCUCAGGGUCCACCUUCCCCUGGCUACUACCCCAGUUCAAGAAUCGGCUCAAUGGGGUUUAACCAAGGGUUUAGGAACCUUUGGGGUCCUCAGCAUCAACGUAUAGACCAGGGAACUCUCACUCUUUGGCUUGACAGAAACUCAGGAAGUGGUUACAAAUCACUCAGUCCCUAUUCAUCUGGUUAUUUCGGAGCCGCAAUCAAGCUCCACCCUGGUUACACUGCCGGAGUUAUUACCUCUUUCUACGUAAGAGAAUACACAGUACUUGACAAGGCUCGACGGUACAACCAACAAGAUUUUAACCUACUUUCAAAUGACGAAGAUCAUCCAGGGAACCACGAUGAAAUUGAUAUUGAAUUCCUUGGAACAACACAGGAUAAACCUUAUAUUUUGCAAACAAAUGUGUAUAUCAGAGGAAGUGGAGAUGGAAAUAUUAUAGGCAGAGAGAUGAAAUUUCGCCUUUGGUUCGACCCAACAAGAGAUUUCCAUAACUAUGCCAUACUGUGGAACCCCAGUGAGAUCAUAUUUUUUGUGGACGAUGUGCCAAUUAGAAGGUAUCCAAGAAAGAGUGAUGCCACAUUCCCAUUGAGGCCUAUGUGGGUAUACGGCUCAAUAUGGGAUGCAUCGUCUUGGGCCACCGAAAAUGGAAAGUACAAAGCUGAUUAUCAAUACCAGCCGUUCGUUGGAAGGUACAAUAAUUUUAAGAUAGCUGGUUGUAAGGCCAGUAAUGGUGUCUCGUGCCGCCUGACAACCGGUUCACCUUAUGGCUCUAAGGGGCUGAGCAGCCAGCAGUACGCUGCCAUGGGGUGGGUGCAGAGAAAUUACAAGGUUUAUGACUAUUGCCAGGAUUCAGCGAGAGACCAUAGACUCACACCCGAGUGUUAGGAUUGGGCCAAUUGGCUAAAAAAGUUUAGCCCAAGAGGGUUUUGUAAGUGGCUUGAGAUGGACCCACUUAUACAAAAUUGGGUUGAAGCGUCCAAGCCCUAAUUGUAUUGUGAAGACCCAGUAUGGGCUUGUAAGUGUGUAUGUAUUAUGUUUGUUUGUUGGUUUGUUUGGUUUGUGAUGUAAUAAAAGAAAUAUCAUACUUUCUAAGACAAAAUUAUUGCUGUA